GCAUUGAACUGAACCGAAAACGCUCCUUUUUUCACUGUCGCCGCGUCGCACGAUUGAAAACUGUAAACAUCACGCACGUUGUUUCCAAAAUCUUUUUCUAUCUUGGAAAUGACAUCAAAUCACAUUUCAAAAAAACAAAAUAAUGGGUGGCGUUAAAGAGAAGAAAAUUAAGAUUUACAAGAAAAAGAAGAACAUACCGGAGGAGAAGAUAAUCGCUGACUUACAAGCCCGUUAUGAAAAUGUCGACGAAUCGAAAAUAAAGAAAUUCAGCGAUUUACCUCUAUCAUCAAAAACACAAAAGGCUUUACGAGAAAAUGGUUAUACAGAACCAACGGAUAUACAGAGACAGAGCAUUGGUCUGGCUUUGCGAGGAAAUGAUAUAUUAGGAGCAGCUAAAACUGGGAGUGGGAAAACAUUAGCAUUUCUGAUUCCGGUGUUGGAAAUCUUGUACUGCAAGAGAUGGACACGCUUGGAUGGUGUAGGAGCUCUUGUUAUAACACCUACCCGAGAGUUAGCUUACCAAAUUUAUGAAACAUUGCGCAAAGUUGGUCAAUAUCACGACAUUUCUGCUGGUUUGAUAAUCGGUGGCAAAGAUUUGCAGUUUGAGAAAAAACGUAUGGAUCAAUGCAAUAUCAUUAUUUGCACUCCAGGUCGUCUUCUUCAACAUAUGGAUGAAAAUCCUCUAUUUGAUUGUGUAACAAUGCAAGUUCUUGUAUUGGACGAAGCUGACAGAUGUCUCGAUAUGGGGUUUGAGACCACUAUGAAUGCUAUCAUUGCUAAUCUACCGCCGACUCGACAAACUCUACUGUUUUCAGCCACGCAAACGAAAUCUGUACGAGAUUUAGCAAGAUUGAGUUUGAAAAAUCCAAUGUAUAUAUCAGUUCAUGAGCAUGCCGAGCACACAACCCCGGAGGGUCUUCAGCAGAGUUACGUUAUUUGUAAUUUAGAAGAUAAAAUGGCAAUGCUCUGGUCAUUCAUAAGGCAUCAUCUCAAACAAAAAGUGAUUGUAUUCUUUUCCAGUUGUAAGCAGGUGAAAUACACGUACGAAGUACUCUGUCGAAUGAGACCGGGUAUCAGUCUUCUAGCACUGUAUGGAACGCUGCAUCAAUUGAAGCGUAUGAGCAUUUAUGAGAGCUUCUGUAAAAAGCAGAACGCCGUUUUAUUCGCGACCGACAUUGCUGCACGCGGUCUAGAUUUUCCAGCUGUUAAUUGGGUCGUACAGAUGGAUUGUCCCGAAGAUACGAAUGCGUAUAUCCAUCGAGCUGGGCGUACAGCUAGAUUUCAGAGAGGUGGUGAAUCCCUUCUCGUUCUUCUGCCCAGUGAGGAAAAAAUGAUUGAGAGAUUGAAGGAACGAAAAAUACCCAUUUCUAUGAUCAAAAUAAAUCCGAACAAACUGAAUACUCCACAUCGAAAACUCGAAGCUCUGCUCGCCCGUGAUGUUGCUCUUAAGGAAACGGCGCAACGUGCUUUCGUAGCCUACGUGAAAUCAGUAUUCCUGAUGAAGGAUAAAGAAAUUUUUGACGUUCACGCUCUCAAUACGGAUUCUUACGCUAAAUCUUUAGGGCUGGCUAUACCUCCGAGGAUUCGUUUUCUGCAAAGAAUGCAGAAAAACACGACAACGGAUAAAUCUGGAAAAACAAAGUCUGAAAGUUCGCAAGAAAUAGUCAGAACGGACAAUAAAUUAUUGGAAAAUAAGCUGCGGAGUCGAGAAUCUAGCAGUGAAGAUUCCAAUGAUGAAUUUUCCCAUGAGGAUUCGAACAUUGAUCGACGAGCAUAUCUAUCAUCGACAGAAUCGAAAAAUAACCUCGAUAAUGCUUUAUUUGCAAAUGAGGAUAGUGACGACGGUGAGGAUAUUUUAACCGUGAAAAGAAAGAAUGUUCAGAUAGAGGGUGAAAUAUCCGAUGAAGAAGAUGAAGAGGUUAAGCUGAAAAAUUCGAAAAACAAAAAAGCAGUGACGAAAGCUGCAAUGGCUAAAAAAAUAUUGAGAAAAAAAAUAGUUCCGAACAAAAAGACAACUUUUGACGAAGAUGGUCAAGAACUUUUGGACUCGGCAAAAACGAAAGUGUCAGAACUCGCGAGGCAAUACGAAAAUGAGGAGUCAUCUGGCAUCAACAUUGAGAUGGCCAAGAAAAUCCUCCGGGAAGAGGAUCGUUUCGAUAAAAAACGAUUCCAGGCAAAGAUAAGAGAGAAACAUAAGGAGGAAAAGCGAAAGCUUAAAGCAAACAAGAAAGUGGUGGAAAGUGAUGAGGAUGAAAAUGAGGUGGACGAUGAGCGAGGAGGAGUUAAAUUGGCUGACUAUGUGAGCGAGAGCGAAGCGGAAGAGCCCGAUCUUUCCUGGCUUCCAGAUCCGGAUGAAAUUUACGGUCCAAAAAAGGGUUCAGAUGAGGAGCAAUCUGGAAAGUCUUCAGCCGAUGACGACGACGACGACGACGACGACAACGACGAAGAGUAUGAAAAUGUUCACAGACCGCCGAAGAGGAAAUUAGUGACGCAAGAAGAAUUCAAGAAAUCAAAGAAAAAACAGAAAUUCCAAAUGAAAGAAAACAGCGAUUUGCAAGCGACCGAAGAGUUGGCGCUGCAAUUGCUACGAGAUUGAGGUAUCUCGGUAACAUGGAUUUCCUGGAGUUAAUAACAAUACAUGUAUAAACUAACGAGUUGAGGAAAGACACUGUUGACACAAUUCAAUGGUUUUAUUAUCUGUUUGUAUAAUAAUAAAUACGUCAAUAUUUAUUCUCGUAACUCCGAAUACGGUGUACAAUGAAUAAAAUGAUUUAUCUACUUAGGCUAAAUUUAAA